GUCGGGCCGCCCCGCCCCAGGCAGCAUGGGGGACAACACCAGCCCCAUCAGCGUGAUUCUGGUGAGCUCGGGCAGCAGGGGCAAUAAGCUGCUCUUCAGGUACCCCUUCCAGAGAAGCCGGGAGCACCCCGCGGCGCAGACAAAUAAGCCCCGUAGCAGAUAUGCUGUUAACAACGCGAGUGACCAUGCUGAUGACCAGGACGGUGACUCCAGCGAGCCAUGUCCUCCAACCGAUGAGCAGUUGGUUGCAGGGUUUUCAGAUGUUAUUUUGGCAACAAUUUUGGCAACCAAAUCUGAAAUGUGUGGCCAAAAAUUUGAACUGAAGAUAGAUAAUGUGCGGUUUGUUGGGCACCCGACACUGCUGCAGCAUGCUCUGGGGCAGGUCUCCAAAACAGAUCCAUCCCCGAAGAGGGAAGCGCCUACCAUGAUUCUUUUUAAUGUGGUGUUCGCCCUGAGGGCCAACGCUGACCCUUCUGUGAUCAACUGUCUGCAUACCCUGUCCCGGCGCAUUGCUACAGUGCUGCAGCAUGAGGAGCGCCGCUGCCAGUACCUCACUCGGGAGGCCAAGCUGAUCCUGGCACUGCAGGACGAGGUGUCCGCUGUGGCUGACGCAAAUGAAGGCCCACAGUCCCCGUUCCAUCACAUCCUGCCCAAGUGCAAGCUGGCAAGGGACCUCAAGGAGGCAUAUGACAGCCUGUGCACAUCUGGUGUGGUGCGGCUCCACAUCAACAGCUGGCUGGAAGUAAGCUUCUGUCUGCCCCACAAGAUCCACUAUGCUGCCUCCAGCCUGAUUCCCCCUGAGGCCAUCGAGCGGAGCCUGAAAGCCAUCCGCCCCUACCAUGCCUUGCUGCUGCUCAGUGAUGAGAAGUCCCUGCUGAGUGAGCUCCCCGUCGACUGUUCCCCAGCUCUGGUGCGGGUGAUCAAGACCACGUCUGCUGUGAAGAACCUACAGCAGUUAGCCCAGGAUGCUGACCUGGCUUUGCUGCAGGUGUUCCAGCUUGCGGCUCACCUGGUGUACUGGGGCAAAGCUGUCAUCAUCUACCCGCUGUGUGAGAACAAUGUCUACGUGCUGUCUCCCAAUGCCAGUGUGUGUCUGUAUUCCCCACUGGCUGAGCAGUUCUCCCGCCAGUUCCCAUCCUGCGACCUGCCGUCCAUCCUUGCCAAGUUCUCUUUGCCUGUCUCCUUGUCCGAGUUCAGGAACCCCCUGGCACCCCCUGCGCAGGAGACCCAGCUCAUCCAGAUGGUGGUGUGGAUGCUGCAGCACCGGCUCCUCAUCCAGCUGCACACUUAUGUCUGCCUGAUGGCUUCCCCCAGUGAGGAAGAGCCCCGCCUACGGGAGGAGGACGUCCCCUUCACUGCCCGGGUCGGCGGCCGCAGCCUCAGCACACCCAAUGCCUUAAGCUUUGGCUCUCCAACCAGCAGUGAUGACAUGACCCUCACCAGCCCCAGCAUGGAUAACUCCAGUGCAGAGCUGCUCCCCAGUGGGGAUUCACCACUGAACAAGCGGAUGACGGAGAGCCUGUUGGCCAGCCUGUCAGAGCAUGAGCGGGCAGCCAUCCUCAGUGUACCCGCUGCCCAGAACCCUGAGGAUCUGCGCAUGUUUGCCAGGCUCCUUCACUACUUCCGCGGCCACCACCACCUGGAGGAGAUCAUGUACAAUGAGAACACUCGGCGCUCCCAGCUGCUCAUGCUCUUCGACAAGUUCCGCAGUGUGCUGGUGGUGACCACCCAUGAGGACCCUGUCAUUGCCGUCUUCCAGGCACUGCUCACAUGAGCCAGGCAGAGAAUGGGGUGUGAGGGUGGGCACUGCAUGGGUGGCCAGCCCUGGCCUGACUGAAGGCUUGCAGAGCCCUUGUCCUUAUCCUUCCUUACCACAGGCACCUUGGUUCAGCAGCAGCUGUGAGGCCAUCAUCCUCUGUGCUCUUUUAACUCUCACUUGUCCUCGCAACAGCCUUACCAUCACCAAAAGCUGAAGGGUGCCUUCUAGACUUACAUCUGGUGAGGACUGUGUCCUUACAUGUGCACAUAGGCUGUUUUGACCCUCAUCCUAGCCCUGGCCACAUUUGCGGUGACCUUGCCCCACUUUGUGUGCUAUCCUGAGGGAUAUAUAUUCCUACCUGCCUUCUGAUGGCGUCAGCAUGUGUGGCCACCUCACCCAGCACCACCUCUGCUCACCAUGCACUGCAUCCCUCCCAGAUUGCUACGAUCAUCUCCUGGCCCAGCCUCUCCACAGCACCACAUAGGUCACCGUUGUGGUGGGUGGCAGCUCAACUUCCUGCCAGGACCCUGCCCCAGAAUGUGCAUGUACUGUGUGGCUCUCCUGUUGACCCUAACCCUGGAGGAAGGACUGACUUUAGGCAUGUGAUGAUCAACCAGGGGCUCUGUAAAGACAAAACAGUUCCCUAGAAGCAAAACAUUUAUUUAGUUUUUAAACAAUUAAAAAAAGCCUGAGUGGGCUCUUUGCUCAGGUC